GUCAUCGCUUCCACUGGCCUGUCGUACCUCCCAAGAGACGGAAGUGGAGGAUAUGCAGCUUCAGUCCUCGUCUUCCCCUGCGUCGACGAACGUUUUACACUCGCCGAAGGAGGAAGAAACAGACGCCACCACCGAGAGAAAGAUGAAGUUUCAGACUGACGGAGGUUCAAGGCGACAGUUUGCGUCCCUCAGGUUGACACUGCUGCCCUGCCGAACCCUGGGUCUGCUGUGCCUGCUGACCCUGGCCGCUGCCGCUUCAGCCGUCCUCACCCCUACCUCGCUGCUUCCUCUUACCGAUGCGGAAGAAUCGCUGUGCGGGAAGAAGUCAGCGGUGCCGGUGUGCAGGAUGAAGCUGAGUCAGUGCGCCCCGCUGGACACACUCCUCACUCCACUCCUCGGCUCCCCGCAGACCAUUAUCUCCUGCACCAACACCACCGGCAUGCCCCUCAAGGCGGACUUCCUCGCUUCUCUCGGGAGGGCGAUGAUGACGGGGACUGUUGACGCAAAACUGAUGAAGAAGCCCACUGGCGACGCUCCCGCCGACUACGCCAUCCGGCAGUGCGUCCUCAACAGUACGGGCAUGCUGGGAGGCGACCUUCAGCUGAACCGUGGAGCCAUUGCGGCGCAGGUGGCCAGCAUGUCACCCCCGAGCCUGCGAGCAGCCGUGGGCCUCGCCAUCGACGGCUGUCCAGAACCCGUGGACCUGAAGGUCAUGGAGUACCUCAAGUGCCUGAAGAAAACAUGUGUGGCUAGUAUUCCUGACCCCACACCUGUUCCGCCUUCUUUGGGGAGCCCAUUGUCUGAUGGGACGAAGGCUGGAGGAGGCUUAGGGACUGUGGGAACCAUCUAGUUACUCUUGUUCUCUUCUGUUUGGAUGAAAACCUGCUACGCUGGCUCCAUGCUCCAGGGGGAGAUUAUGUUUUAUGAAGUUUUUGUUUUAGUUAAAACCCGAAAUCAGUCAGACCUGUGGUUUAAAACUAGCCAAAACCUACGUAUUACUGCACAACUAGUUUUAACUAGGCAUAACUAGUUGCACCUAAGGAUCUUGGAGAAUAGCCGAAAAGUCAAGAUUAAAAAAAUUUAACUUAGUUUUAACUGAACAUUUUAGUCAGAACUAGUUUCAGCAACAGCUUUCUAUGACGAAACUAGUUGUAACAAAAUAUCACAGUGAAUACUGGUAAAAAGUGACAAAUACUUUUUUUUUUUAUUUGUAAAUCCUUCAUAAUAUACGUAAAAAUAAUAUACAAUGUCUGGAAUCUUUUCUUUAUUAAAACCGAUAGUUACACAUUCACUAUACUUAGUGUUGCAAAAUACCCGGGAAUUUUGAACAGGGAAACUUUCCAUAUGAAUUUAUAUCAGAUUUAUACAUUACUUGGCUCUGUAUUGCACCACCUUCGGACCACUUGUUGGUAUUAUUAUCUUUCAUCCAUCCAUUCAACAUAUUUUCAUUACCUGGAUUUUCCCUUUCCACAGACCCUUGGGGCCUUGGUUUUCCAUGCACAUUUUUCAUCUCUGGCCACAAAGAAGCCAAGGACGUUAUGACAGCGUUCACAAGUUCUCUCCCGUUAUCACUGCAAAAUACAAGGUGAUCCAAACAUUAAAAAAAAAUAUCAAGAAGGUGAUGUGCAACCGCUUUUGCGCGUUUACACUGCAGCGUUCGAAGUAUUACAAAUAUUGCUAAAUGAUCUUGAUACACCAUUAUGAGCUUGUAUUUUCCAUCCUUAUCAUGCGGAGAAAAUAAACAUAAUAUAUAAUCAUCCAGAAGAAAUAAAUUAGUUUCAUAUCUCCUAUAGCACCUAGUUUAAACUAGGAGUCUAGCAGGAAAAUACGGUACAAAACGGUUCAAUGGUAUUUGUUGAUUUAAUAAUUAAAUCUUGUGACGAAAAAUUAGUGUCACAAAAUUAAUAGUGCGUGGUUUGGUAACUCAAACUGCGCACCCUUGGCAGCGAGCCAAGCAGCGGGACUCCCCCAUCUCAGCUGUCGGCAGUGUUUUCCCAGUUAUAAAAUCCGCGGCCCAAUUGGGCUGUUUUCAAGAAAAACAGAUUUUUUUUUUUCGGGAGGGGGAGGGAAUGUUCUUUUUAUACCUCGUCGCGUUUCUAGGGGGCCGAUGGACGCAUUCAGACCCACCUCUUGUAGAGUCUACACCUCUGGCCUAUACCGAUGUGAUCAUUUAUAUUAACCGGAUAUAGGCUAGGGGUUGAUGAUGAAAGUGGUUAUCAUGAGUUGUUAAUAUGACAUGACUUUUAAUCGAAAGGUCUUACAAACUAUAUA